GUUUUCCAGGCGUACCGACUAAAAUAAAGUAGCCUGGAUUCGGUUAACAAUAUUAUUGUCUGGGCAUACGGUGCGUGCGUCGAUUCAAUAGUGAGUCCAUCACAGUUUUCGCUUACGCUUACUCCCCAAUUUAUAGUUUAUUGUGUCGAUUAUGGAUGACGAUGAAAUACAACAGUUUUCUUUGCGCUGGCACAACCACCAGGUAGAACAGCGUAAUCGGCGCCCUAGGUCGCAUGUUAAGCACCGGGGCCCUGACAGACGUAACUUUAAGCGCCAGCGGUACGUCUGUCAAAGCCCAUCGUCUCGUCCUAGCGUCAUGCAGCCAAUACUUCGCUCAAUUAUUCAAGGAAGUAGAAGCGGAGAACAACACGCUGGUGGUGAUCCUGGGGUGUGAUGCUGCAGAGUUGCGCCUGCUUCUGACCUUCAUGUACACUGGCGAGGUGACGGCUUCCAAGAAGGUUCUCCCGUCACUGCUGAGACUAGCGCAGACCCUCAAAGUAUCUGGGCUUACUGAUGCGGACACUAACUCGACUUUAACAACGACGGAGCCAGAACAGCCUCAAGAUGAGAACCGUUCCAACUCGCCGAUCAACCUUGAGAAACACGAGCACGUGGACAAACCGUUCCUCAACACCGACACGUCCAACAGCUCUUCCAAACAAGAUGAUGUCAUAUCGCCAACAGAGAUGAAAGAACCUUGUGGCAUAGACUUUAUGGCUAGGAGUGAAAAGGACAGACUGAGUAAGCUAGACCAGAUAGUCCAGAAUUUAUACAGCACGCACAAGAUUGGAAACCCCACUAUGGCUUCGCCAAUUACGCCGUCUGUGCCGAGUUUAGUAGACACAGAGCCGUACGACAGGAAGUACCGGGCGAACAGUUCAGUGUGUACAAUAUGCAAUAAGCGUCUUAGCAACCAGUACAACCUUCGAGUCCACAUGGAGACGCAUGCGGGGAGGCGGCACGCGUGCCGGGCAUGUUCACACGUCUCCCGGUCACGUGACGCGCUGAGGAAACACGUCGCCUACCGACAUGCUCGUGCCGACAUGCAAAGAGGCGACUUGUGACGUGGCUCUGGUAAUGGAUUUAAAAGGCAUAAUUACGUAAAUGUUUUAGAAGUGACAGUGCGACCGGUUUCGCGCUACAUCCGAUCCGAAUUCGAAAAAUUACGUUCCGAAGUACCUCGUCAUAUAACGCCAAGUUUUAGUGAAAAUCUCGUAAGCGCCUUUUGUUUGAGUGCAUGAAAUAAGGCCUGCAAUUUUGGGGACUACAAUUAUUUUUCUUAUUUUAAUUUUCUUUAUGUUUUUUUUUAUGUUUAUGUAUGUAAUUUUCUUUAAUAAAACUUCGAUUUCAUUCCGGCUAGAAAUUGAAAUAACAAAUUUUUACUUGGAUUGAGACUAGCGUUUCAAGGUUUUGUUAACGAAAAUAACAUCCGAAUGUAAUUUUUCAAAAUGGCGCUUUCGAGGUAUUCUCUUGUCUCUUGGCUUGUUUUUUUUUUCUAGUACUUUUACGAAAUCGGAUCGAAUUGAGCACGAAAUCGCUCUUAGGAUCCUAUAGAACAGAAAGCGAUGGCGCGUUCGAGUUUCGCCUUAAAUGUCGUAUUACAUUUACGUUACAUUGUCUACCGUGUGGGUAUAACCUCGUAACUUCGAAACUUCCAGACACAACAGGGGGUUUAAAAAGGCCACACCGAAGCAAUUCAUCUAUGUAAAAAAAAAAAGUAAGAUGGUUCCGUGCGCCGGAGGGCACGUUAAGUCGUUGGUCCCGGCUAUUAGCCGUAAAAACACCUCCACCAACCCGCAGUGGAGCAGCGUGGUGGAGUAUGCUCCAUACCUCCUCCGGUUGAUUGAGGGGAGGCCUGUGCCCAGCAGUGGGACGUAUAUAGGCAAUUCAUCUAAAAAAGCAAUAUUACUAUUUGACAUUUGCGUGCACUGCGCACUUACUUUUAUAUACGCGCAAAUGUCAAAUUGCAAUAUUGCUUUUUUCGAUGAAUUGCUUCGAUAUGGCCUUUGACAAUGGGGUUUGGAUUUUAAAAGAACUUUUGGUCAUAUGUUUAACAUAACAUAAAUAUAAAUAGAAUGUUACACAAACAAAAGAGAAGUAGAAGAAUACAAUAGGCAGCUUUAUUGCUAACUAGCAGUCUUCCAGGCAACCUAUGUCUAUGUAACGUAAUAUACCUAAAACAGCGAACGUACAGCGCGUUUGCUCUUCAGUUUUCAACUAAAGGUGCACAAAAUAUGGGCCCUUAGAUUUCAAUGGAACUAAAUUAUAUCAUAAUAAUUAUAUGCAACUACUGGGACGCCAACGACGCGGCCGAGGGACCUCUUUCCUGUUGCGAAUUCUACAAAAAAUAUUUUAACAAGUAAAUAUCAUGAAACAUAUGCAUGAAAAAUCUAUUGGAAUUACAUAUCAAAGAGCCACAUUUCCGAAUGUAAUAUGUCUUUUUAUUGUCGAUAAAAAAAGAAGAACGACCUAGAACUGAAUGUUAUUAUGUUUCGUAAAGUUGUAAAGUUGGACAACAAAAAAUACAAACGCUUCAAUGUCGACUGUCGACGCACCGUAUGAUUGACAAUCGUGGAAGAAUACUGCCUUUGUUAUAAACAAUUUAGAUAGAAAAAUACAUAAUACGUAAUAAUUAUACUGUUUAUAAUUAAGUAACAUUAUGCUGCUACAAGUAUACUCAACGUAUUACUUUGUUUCUCUCUAGUCCCAAACAAGUUACCAUGUUAAAUAGGUAUUAUAGGUAGGUAUUCAUAAAAAUUUAGUUAUUAUCUCUUAUAUUAAUUUCCCAUUUUCAUUAAUUUGAAACACCCACCGACAAUAUUUUCUUUGGCAUCGAUUUCGGCGGAGAUAACUAAUUAAUCAGGGACUUUCCAAGGUACAUCCCCAAAAAAAUAUAGAUGGCGCUGUACAGAAUUGCCUUCGCUUAACCUUUUAAUUUCUUGGCUAACAGACAUAUAAUGACCUUUGUUUAUGACACCCAGGCACAACACAUCUUCCACCCAUUAUUAUUCUGAUCAAAAUAAAGAGGAGUAGUUAUCAACGUAAUUCUAUACCAUAUCUGAUCCAAACAUCACGCAAUAAUUAUUUCUAUAUAUGCAUGAGACUUGCACAGGACCCUUCUUCCCCACCGCACUACCAAGACUGGAAAGGAUGGCGUGAAAGAGAGGAGGCCUACACAGCAGAGGCUGGACACAGGCUAAGUAGAUAGAUAGAUAGAUGCCUCUGCCAUUAUCAUCAUCAUCACCAGCCCUUUAACGUCCCCACUGCUGGGGCACGGGCCUUCCCUAUGGAUGGAUGGAUAGGGAGAUCGGGCCAUAAACCACCACGCGGGCCCAGUGCGGAUUGGUGCCGCAGUGCCGUUGGUCCCGGCUGCAUUAGAAGUCGUUAAUAACCGCCAUUAAAUUAUAUUCUUGAAUAAUUAUGUACCCGAACAAUGAGAAAAUAGGUAAUGAUCGCUUUAAAUCUGUACAUCGCCAUAUCUAUAUUGUGUUUGGGGACGUAAUCUGGAAAGUGUCUCAUACUUCUUGUCGAAAAAUCUAAAUCUGUGCCAAAUUUAGGCUCCGUCGGUGCCUUAUCCUUGUGUUGUGUAUGUCCAAUCGAGACUCGUGUGUAUUCAUGUCUCUUUUGAGCCUUUAUGGGCCUCAUCUGUGCCAAACCUAGCCUCCGUCUGCGCCCAAUCCAUGUUUUUGGGCCCCGUUGAGUUUUCCAGUGUUCUUUACCCGCAUAAAAAUAACAUUUAUUUUAUACUUAUUUAUCAAGAAUGAUGUGAUCCAGCCGAAAUCGGCUACGGCGACUGCUUCAACUCCGACGUUCAUGUGCUCGCAUGUGGCUUAUAUAGCCAAACUUGUUGGGAAAGAUCCUCGCACAUAGCGGGCAUGUGAGCACACCAUAACAAGAAUAAGCAUAAUAUUAAAGAUUAAUUUUACUGCUAGGCUUUUAUAUUGGUUUGUUUUAGCAUAAUUAUUUAUUUCAGCCACGACUGGUUUUGUCGGGUUGUGUGUUUCUAGCCUUAUUUUAUAUUUGUUUCUAUUAUUAUUAUUGUUAUUUAGUCUGUUAAUACUUCAUCAAGCAAUUGUACCGUACUGAACUACUGAGUCUUUAACUAUUCAAUGUACAUUCAUAAAUGGAACGAAUUUUAAAAAUUGAAAAUUUGUCACUAUUUUAAUAAGCACUUUAUUUAUAGGAAUGUUGUUAUGUUUCCUAUUACUUUAUAUCAAAAUGUAUGUUUAUGUUAUUCUGUGAUAUCAUGUAAAUUCAUUUUGAUAAACCUAGAAAAAAUAUUAUUCAUAAACACUGUUGUUAUGAACAUAUUCAUAGUUUAAGCGGUUUUAAAAAGACAUUAGUUAAAAGACAUUUUAUUAUUUUAAGUAACUGUAAGGCGUUCUUUUUUCAAAAAGAG